AUGCCUUCCGUUGCCGCCUUUCAUGCACGGAGCUUGCCAGCAGAAGGACCAGCCAGGAUCAAGCGGGGAUCUGCAGUCUCCCAGAUUCUGCCAUACGUCGACAACUGCCUCCACGCCUCCGAUCGCAUGAUCGCCCUGCCGGGAGGACAUAGCCAGCCAGUGAUUACCGAGCUGGCCUUCCACCUGCCGGCGAGGACAGAGUCUGAGAUCUGUCUUACGAUGCGGAAAGUAGGGGUGCUCGUGCCGGCAUGUUUGGAACCCAUGAUACUGCGGGUCGACAAUCAGGCCCCGCCCCAACCACCAACCCGACCUAAGGGGCUUCCGGUCUCGCAGAGGAAUCAGGAGUCGCUGGACCCCAGGUCAUACCUCGAUGACUCCGCGGGACGCUGGAAACAUGCGUCUGGGUGCCUCCUCCACUCGGUCGAAAACGAGAGCGAGGGCAAGCGCAGGGGCUCGGCCUCGGGCAACUCGCGCGAGCGGUAUUGCUCCAUGACCAAGUGCGCGUCCCGGAAAGCUCUCGCUCUCGCCCUGGCCCUGGCCCGGUGCCUCGCCCAGCCUUCGCGUUUGGCCCUCACCCGGCUUCGAGUUCUCAGCCUGCUGCCCGUUGAGCGCUUGGAGAUGCUCGGGAAGCUCUUCAAUCUCGGCGCUGCCUCCGGCUCCGGGGCGAUGCCCGCACCCCAGGCCUCUGCGCAAAGACCCUUCCCACUCGAGUCGGUCCAGGAAGACAUCCACACACGGCACCUGCUCUUUCCCGAUCCGCAGGACCUGUAUGAGAACCGCGCCAACCAGCUGUACCCCUUGUCCAGCGGUGCCACGACGCCCACCGGUUCCUUGACUGCCGCCUUCGACUACAAUGCCGACACCGAGCUCGACGUCCGUGAUGUCCGCAUCAUCAUCAUGCAGGACGCCUUGAGCUCGGUCGCCGCUUCUCUCCUGUAUGACAGUCAACCUCCCCCACACGUUCCGUCCGCUUCCAUAGAUCGCCCGUCCGCCACAGCCGGCUCGUAUUCCGUCCAGGAGCCGCGCCGGGCCCCAAUCUCGCCGCGGAAGCCCAGCGUCAGUUAUUCGCAGCGCCCAGUCGUCAUCCAGCCGGGCAGCCCCAAGCUUCGGCAGGGCGCCUUCGACAGGAGGCCAUCCGUCCACAGCCGCAGCCAGGGAUUGGUCGAGAGCGAGUCGCAGCGUGCUUGGCGCGAGUACCGCGAGGAGCUUGCCACCUUUUCGAGUUGUAUAUUUGGCAACUCCGAGCUCAUGGGAUACAAGGGGACCUCGACCAAGGUUCACGUCGUGCCCUCGGACGUCCGCCAGAGCGAGACCGCCUCGGGGCUCGGCGACGGCCGUGGCUCACUGGGCCGGUCUACGAUGCGGGCAAGCCGGCUUUCGCAGUCCUUCUCGUCCGAAAACCCUCCGCCUUUUCCAGCACCGCCUUCGGCCGGCGGGGCAAGUCGGACCCACGACCGGAAGAAGGUGCUGAUAACGCGGCUGUUCCCCGUCAACCUCCCACUCGAUGGCGGCGAUGUGCCGCCUCUCCACGGGGCCAUCUCUGAGGAAAACACGGGCUACCCGUCUGCGCAGAGCGUGGAAGAAGACAAGACCCAGAAGAAGAAGUUCCAGCCGAGGCAGAAGAGGACCCCCAUGUACGCCGUGGCCCUCAUCAUUACCCUGCCCCCUUCGCCCGCGCAUUCCACGCCGGCCACCUCGCGGUCGGCUUUCAAAGGGCCCAGCUCGUAUGCCGAGCAGGACUCCUUCCCAUCAUCCUUCAGUUCCGCCCGGCGCUCCGGCUGGACGCUGGUCGGCCAAGGAGGGUACGGUGGAGCCGAUGCGCUCGAGCCGAGUUAUGGCAGCGAUAUGGAAGACCAGAUUGACGCCAUUACGCAACAUUGGGACAUCAUCAUGCGGACCUUGAGCCAUCUGCAAUCUGUCGUUGCCACUACCCUCUUCACGAUGCUCAGGCAGGCCGACCUUGCAUCACCGGACCCGCUUCCGGCCUUGUCUCUCCAGCUGGCCCGGAGCUCGACGGCAUCUGGACGGCGUGGCGACGACGCUCAGCCGCUCAAGACGCCCAAGACGAACGCGAAGCACAUCACGCUGCUUCCCAACUGCUUGCUGGAGAAUCGGACCAUUGGCUCUGAGAUUGACGCGGCCAAGACGCGCAUCGUUGCGGGCAUCCGAGCCUCUCGCGUGACCACGGGGCAGAACCGCUGGCCCAUCUGGCGCGAGGAGGCUCGCUGGGUGGCCAAGUGGGCCGGCGGGAAGGAACAGGCGUUCUUCUUCUUCAACCUGCUCACGGGAUUCCUCGCAACACAUACCGACUGGCUCCAGGCGCUGAGUCCGCCGUCGUAUCGGCGUCGCCAUCUCCUCCAGCAGCAGCAGAAAGGGAGGUCCGAGGAAGACACCCUGCUGCCCGCCCGGACGGUUCUUCUGAGCGACAACAAGAUAGCCGCACGACGGUUGGUCUUCCUGUUGUCGGCGUUCUUGCCAGCUUCGCAACAGCUGCCGACCCUCAGAGCCCACCGGCCAAGCACGCCGGCGUCGCUGGGCGCCCUGUCGCAGUCGCCCCCGUCCUUCGUCGUCCCCAUUCUCAAGGAGGAGUCCUUGCGGAGGAAGAUAAACCGCCGUACAGGCUCGCGCAUGCCGUCACACUCCCGCAACCUCAGCUUACAGACGCACAGCGCGCGAGCGGGCGCUGUGCCCCCUCCGCUAGCCCACCUGAGCAUGGAGGCCCGACACGAGAGGCGGGCUUCGGAUGCUGCUUCGAUCCGCACCAGCCAUCUGCCUAUCCGCGGGAGCGACCCAAACACGAGGAAGAGCAGUGCCGCCACGACCGCGACCAUCACCCCAGAAACCAGCAUUCCGCACUUCUCCACGGUUCACCGACCCGAGAUCUUCUCGCAAGGCCGUCCCGGGAGCAGCAACAGCGUGGCCGCGGAUGACUUGAAGCGGCUCACCAGGGAUGAGAGCCCGGGGUCUCAGAGCUCCGCGACUGGCGAGCGACGGCAGAGCUCGAGAUGGAGCGUUAUUAGCGGCCUUUGGAGCGCACGAAGGAGAGGCUCCGCGAGCAACCCCCCAGCGCCGAAUGAAGGACAGGGUGGAGGCCCUCCCGGGUCGCCUGCCAAGGCACGAAAGCCUUCUCUCACAGCCUCGCCGAAGCUCGCAUCUGCCGCCGCGACUGCCGAAAGUUCGGCGGGUGAUCGCCAGUCCGGAGAUGCGCGCGGCAACCCAGCCCCGCCGAGCCCCAAAGAUCUCCCACCUCCUCCACCCGGAGCAUCUGCAGACCCUCUGGGGCUUUCCGAGCAAGCCGAGGUCGUGCCGAAAACACAGCGGACCCCGGACCCAUCAGGAGCCUUUGAGUCCUCAGUGAAAACUUCGAUUAACAUCGAUGACGGCGUUAUCGAUGUGGAUGUUCCGCUACCCGACUUCAUCACCUCCUUCGAGAGCGCCGUGAGCUCGCCGUCUAGCAGCGGCUAUCUGUCCGCCUCGGGUUUCGGCACCGGCCUGGACGCCUUCGAGCACUCAUUCCGGUUCGCCGCCGAUGGAGACGUCCCGCUCAACGUCGCCGGCUGGCUCCAGUACUACCAUCCGGACUUCGUUUUGCAGGCGCUGCCGGCUCAGGACGGCGUCCUCGAGCAGAUCAAGGCGUCGAUGCGCGCUGAACCGACCCCGCCCCUGCUCGCCGGCGCUCAAUCGGAGGAGGACUCGAGGGAGAGAUGGGUCGAUGUCACGUCGGCCAUCGUGGCCGACACAACUACGUUCACCAUUACGCGCAUACGUUACCGUCGCCUGGUCAAAGUGAAGCAGUCCGGUGCAGCAACCCGGAACUCCCACCUUGCACCGACGACGCCGUCCUCUUCCCACACGCACAGUACCGCGCCGCCGGCCACGCAAGCGGCGGACCCGCCCUCCCCGACCGAGGUGCAGCUGCAGGAGGAAUUCAUCGAGGAGCCCAUCGUCGUGUUCGACGACGUGCUGAUCGACGCGGUAGAGCGGGUCAUCGCCGCCGCCGGCACGGACACCACCGUCAGUAAGGUCAGUUCGACCAGCUCAUCCCGGUCGACGAGCAAGCGCCGGGAGAGGGAAGGUCAUGCGCCGACAGAAAGGCGCGACAGCUUGCCGGCGACGUCCGAUGCGCGCACCUGCCCGAGCCAGGGGCAGAGCCAGGCCCAAGGCCAGGCCCAGCGGCAGAGGCCGCAUCACGAGCUGGCGGUCACGGCCGGCCCGCAGGAGGUGCCGCGGUCGCAGUGCAAGACUGUGCUGUUGUCGGCGCUGGAGGACAUCAUCCAGGAUGUGAUCGCCGAGAGGGAGGAGCUACAGCAGCAGCCGGAGGGACCGAGUGCGCAUCGCACCGAUGCGAGGGACAGGGAAAGCCCACUGCGCCAGGCGGUCAGGGGCUGGAUAGAGAGCGUGGAUUCGGGUGACGGGAACGGUUCAGUUUAAUCCGCUAGCCAUCACGAUUACUGGCAUUUCGUCGAUACCCCCAAUUUUGCUUCUUGUUUUCGUUCCAUUUUGCCUUGCUUCUAUCCGCGUUUGGGCGGACUUGAGGAGGCGCAGCGGGACACACAGUUGUUGUCUCUAGCAUGAGCAACAGCGCAGCUGCUUUUGUGGGCUUCUUUCUGCCGGCUGCAUUGCGUUGAGAGGCUAGCGUUAGCAAUAGAAUUCUUUGCAGCGG